GAGGUGUGUGUAUUAUAGGUUAUCCAUACAUUAAUACUAAUUUGUGUUUUUGUGGUGUGUGUCGCUGCAUUGUGCACAGUGCUGAUUAAAUUCCCUUUAAUCAACAUUAUGUAGUUGCCUUCAUGUGACGGGUGUCAAUGGUCAACUGUUCGAGGUUAAUCAUUUCUCUGUCCCCUUCUCGGCCAGCAUUUUCACAUUGAAUAUUUGUAUACUUCCCACCCCAUCAUUUUCCACAAAGCAGGGCAACUGAACCUUUGAAAUCCCUCCAAUUAAAACGCUGCAGACUGCACUCUGACCGGCAGUUCAAGGACUCCAAAAGGAUACUUUUGUUUUGCCAUGCUUUUCACUAUACUUUUCCGCCAUAGUGCCAUAGAUCAUCUUAAUACGGUCAGAGGCGUAAUAAGGAAGGACGGAAGGACUUUGCUCCGAAACCAUGGUCCAAGGUCUUGUGAUGUUUUAUGUCAGAACCAGACAGCCAUCGCCCUGAUCACCGGAGCUCCCCCUCAACUAGAAGCCCUUGAGCUCCAAACAGACAGCCAUGGAGUUGAAGAGCUGCCUGCGACGCACGCAAUCCCUGAAGAGCGUCACGGCUCGGUCUGACAACAGACCCAUCUGGGCGGAGGGGGCGCGCAGAGACCGGAUGGCGUCCGUGUCCCAGCUGGUUGCUAGGUACCAGAACUCAGUGGAGGUUAGCACGACCAUUGAAGUCACUCAAGUGAAUAAUCCCCAAACCAUACUAAAGCAAGUCCCCCAAGAGACAAAAACACCAAAAACACCAAAAACAACAGCUUCUGCUGAGGUGAGUUCACGGCAUGAAAGCAAGGCGGAGUCGCUGCCAAAGAAAGCUGGUGCCAGAGAAUGGUCUCUCCCUCACACCAAGACCAACCUGGCUCGCAGUAGGUCCAUGGGCAGCCUCAAAAAUUGUUUCGGCAGUGUCAGCGACCUGAAGAGUCUGUUUGAGUCAAAGAACGACAUGCAGCCAAAGAUCCUGCAUGAGCGGAGCAUGAGAGCGGAAGGCCCGACUCUGCCUAUCAGAGCCAAGACGACCGACGCCACACCAGUGGUGAACGGACACGCGGGAGAGAGACAGCCCGCACAGAAGAAGAAGGCUGCUCCAUCAGCUGAUUCUGAUGGACAUGCUAAUGUUGAUGCUAAGGCUAAUGAUGUCAAGGCUAAUGCUCACACAAAAGAACAGGAGUUGAUUAAGAAGCAACAAAGUAACAACAAAGAACGAGGAAAAUCGAUUGGUGGCAUUGACCUCGAAAGAGUUGGUUCAUCUCAUUACGAUGAUAAGAAGAGGUCCUUUAGCCCGACCAGGGAGACGCUACCCAUUUCUGUGAAGGCCAUAUCUGCUCUUUACCUGUCCCAGACGAGAGCUACCGAACAACGAAACAACACUACACAACUUGCAAAAGAGAAGUCGGAAAGUGCAAAGCGAACUAAACCAAUUAAGCACGGCAGACAGCACUGCACAGUAUCGACUGGUGGGACACAUUGAGAUGAGGUUUGCGGCUUUCGGGAGGGUGAACAUUGCCACUCAACUGCAACAACUCCAAGAUAGUUUGACUCCACUACCUUUGAAAUGUUGUUAAGGUCGUGAAAACUCUUGAUCCUACAAUCUGAACAAAUACCAAGAUGCUGGAUUUUCAGCUGAUUUUGUAUUUCAUUUGUGUAUGAAAAGACAUUGUUAGUGCAAUGUUGAGGAAUGUACAGUUAUUGUACUUCUAUGUACCACUGAUAACUUAUUUUGCUUUGUAAGCCAAUUCUUUCAAGGUCAGUCAAUAAAUACUUGACUAGAUAGGCUGCUCCCGUCUUUAUGUUGUUGCCAGGCAUAUAUUUUGUCCUUAUAGGAAUUUGACAUCAUACAAUGAUCUACAUUAGAUUUGUGUAAAUAAUUAAUUGUGGAGUUACACCAUUAUUGUUUAUGGAGUUGCUAUCUAGUGGAAACAAGACGGAUCUCUGUAUGAGUUAAUCAUCUAACAACAAAUUGAUACUGUCUUGCUUAAUGCACCUAUUGAAUGGGUCACCUUAAUCAUUAUUGGUCAAUUUAUCAGAGAUUUCUUUCAGGAGCCGUCACUGUGUUUGUGUUAUCACUUGUAGCAGCCAGGAAGAGUGAUUGAUGUUAUUCUUUCACAUCCAGUUAAUCGAGAUAAGCACACAGGAUGAUAAGGCUUGUAUGGUUGGACUCCUUAGAGUCUCUUUAAAAUGGCAUAUCGUUGUUGUAGAAAUGGUUAGCUUUUGUUAUCGCCAGUGUGUAAUGUGACGUGACCGCGUGUUUGUGCUCGGCAGCCGCCGGGGAAAGACGUGCAACAGGCAGGCUGUUGCACUUUUUUCUUCUUUAAGGAUGAAACACUGCCACACCGCUGACAUGACAUCAACAGGUAGCUCUCAUGCGCUAGCUCUCAUGCGCCAAACUGGCGACUACUGUUGGUAUCACGUGACACACUGCGCGGAUCGUUUGAUACUCCCCUCCGAUAUCCGAUCCAGCGUACUCGGCCUAUAUCUGACCGAUGCCGUGGAUCGGAUCGGGACAUCUCUACAUUAAAUAGUUUCUUAUUCAGCAUCCAUGCAGAUUCCAUCACCUCAGUCACAUAAGGUGAUCGGUCUGUGGCGGUCAUAUACUAUAAAGCAAGGUUACUUUUUAUAUUGUUAAACAUAAUCAUUUAUUACACUUUUAAUUGAGUCAAGUCAUUUGGUCAGCCUUGUAGAAAAUAUAUAAUGCUUCUAGUGUCUAUUUAGCAUAAACAAUUGGGAGGAUUGGGGAUUUGACACAUUUAAGUGUACUUUGUGUGUGAAUACUUUUUUGAAAUGUAUUUUCUGUUUAGUCACGAAUUAUACAUUUGUAGUGUACGAUGAUUUAUUUACUCACACAAAAUGAUUAGUUGCCACAGUUUAAAAACAUAUGAAAAACAUUGUUCCUAGGGAAUGCAGAGUACUUCUAUGUGGUGUGCUCCUUUGCUGCAAAAAAAAUGCAGAUGUUAGCAUGAUUGAAAUGGUAAAGUCAAAAAUUAAAUAUGUUUUUAUUAAUUUAAUCAAAAAUGUGUGUGCAUAUUACACUACAAUUGAUCUCAUUGUAGAUUGUUGUGGUACUGGUGUUAGUGUUUUUUUUGGUAGGUGCAAUGUGAAUUGUGUGAGAAGGUGGCCAAUUUUGAGGGUGCCAAAUAUGGCCACUCUAUAUUUCUGGAGGAAAAUAAUGAUUUAAGAUC